AUGUCAGUACCUUCUGAUCAAAUCUAUGGUGAUAGAAUACGACGAGGUCCAACAUUUUGUCCAAAGAUUGACAAAGACCGAACUGGUGAUGUGUAUAUACACAACAAUACCAGCAAAGAAGUAGUCAUCAUUGGGUCUUAUUUUCCUGAGAUAAAGAAUGGGAAUGGUUAUAAAUGCAUAAUUGGAACAGGUGCUCAUAGUAAUGGGAACAUCGAGGCUGUGGCUACCAGAGUGUCAGGGACAGAACUUAAGUGUCACGUUCCAUUGAUAUCAUACGGACUACCAGAUAGUGGUAUCAUCGAAGCCCGUCUCAGAGUGACAUGGGGUAGUGAAGCAGAAAUUGAAAAUGAUGGGGCUAUAGUGCAAAUAUACAGCUGUUCCAAAAUGGCUCAUGGUGACUGUAGUCUCUGUAAGAAUUUUGAGCAAUCUCGUACGUCGCUGAAUUGUCAGUGGUGUGAUAACCCAUUGCAAUGUCAAUACAAGGAUCACUGUUCUGCAGUUGGAGCAGUUGCAAGGUGUCCAGGUCCACAUAUUGAUUCAGUAACUCCACGGGUAGGCCAUGUUUAUGGAGGUACAAUUGUGACAAUUAAAGGAAGAAAUCUUGGUGCUGUAUUUGUUGAUGUACAGAAUAAUGUGACAAUUGCUGGAGUAGCCUGUGUUCCUAAUGGUGAUCUGUACCAACCUGCCAGAGAGAUAGUUUGUAUACUCGGACCCAGUGAUGCAGGUGAUAAAAAGGGACAUGUCGUGGUUCUUAAAAUAUCAUUCAAAAAUUUUGAAUUUCAAUAUAUGAAUCCAAUAUUACAAAGAGUAACACCAAAUAAAAGAGCAGUGUCUGGAGGAGCAAUUUUGACCUUGCAUGGUGAUCCUAUCUAUUUAGGAACCUCACUGGAGGUUACUGUGAAUGAUCAAAUGUGUAAUAUAUCAAGUAAAAGUACAGCACAAAUCAAAUGUCGUCUGCCACCUGGUAAAUUGGGUAAAGCUAAAAUUUCUGUCAAAGUUGAUGGUAAUGAGAUCAGACAGGAUAUGGUUGGCAAUACAAGUUUAACAUAUGUAGCAGAUCCAGAAAUCACAAAGAUACAACCAUUGAAAAGUUUCAAAAGUGGAGGUAGAAGACUAACUGUUAUGGGAACUAAUAUUAACAUUAUCGAUCACCCAAAAAUGUUCAUCUGGACAAAUUCUGUCAAGUCAAAUCUUACGAACUGUCAGAUCAAAAAUGAAACAUUGAUGUUUUGUCAAUCACCAACACUCUUGCCAAGAGUCAGAGGACUUAGACAAUCAACAACAAUGGUGACAGCGGCAAUUGGAUUUAUAAUAGAUAAUGCAGUUACAGUCCAAAAUCUGACUGGCAUUAACAGUCAGUUACAGUACUACCCAGAUCCUAAAGUGUAUAAGUUUUACCUUAAUAAGGAAGACAAGGACAAUGUGAAACUUUUCAAAUCCGAAAUCGUUAUCAUAAAUGUGAAGGAACAAAAACUGUUGUUGAUUUAG